GGACCAAAUGUGGGACAAAACCGCCCAUUGAAUAAAAGAAUCUGAGGUCUUCAAUGUAAGUAAGGGGACGUGAACCAAUCAUUGUUCCCGAAUAGGAAAUCUUCAAAAUCAACCCCGCCAAUCAUCAAUCAUCUACUCCUUCAACUCAAACACUAUGUCUUACACUAUGUCUUCUCGAUUCUAAUCCAACACUCUCUGAUUAGGGGUUAAGCGACUAUGGAUUCGCCAAGGAACAAACCAAAACGCAAGAAACAACCACCUCAGAAUCCAAUUGAGGCGGCAAUUAGGACUUGGUUUCAUACCAGCGCUUUAGCUCAGCACCAGCAAUGGGAUCUUGACGAACUCAUUGCCCAUGCCCCGAAAAGAUGGACGGUGUACGAGCCGAUGGUGCUACUUCCAGCAGGCUCUUUUCAUCCAGCCACGUGGAAACAGUUACUUUCAGACUUAUCUGAUGAGCAAGUCGACCUCUUGUGGGCCCAGAUCCUAGUAGAGAUCUCUAAGAAGAGCGGAGGAACACACCUCACGCAUCUAGCCGUAAAUGAAGGGAUUCCUGCAGCCCUCCGCCACAGUCCAGGGGAGAAUGCAGUGGGGGAUAACUCUGCGCCGGAGAACAUAUUGCGUAGCCCGACCGGCCUCCAUAUCUUGCAUGGUGACUUUGGCCCCGCCCCUGAUGAUAUAACGCCGGAUUUCGAGCACGCAUUCUGGGUCUCGACGAGGCAAAACGGUGUAUUCCAGACGUGGGCACCCCGGUGGACUAUGUUCAGUCGAGGGAAUAUCAAGGAAAAAGCGCGGCUACUCGGCUUUCAUGACGGCAGGCCCAUGGAAGAUAGAAAACCGCUACAGGAUACCUGGGCGGUCGACCUAUACGCAGGCAUCGGGUACUUCACCUUCUCGUAUGCGAAGCUAGGCAUGCGGGUACUAUGCUGGGAGCUGAAUCCGUGGAGCGUGGAGGGUUUGCGUCGUGGUGCCAGGGGAAAUGGCUGGUCGGUGCGGGUUGUGAAAGACGAACAUGACCUUGCAUUGCCGAUGGAUGAGCUUGUAAGUGGAGGCGAGCAGAUCAUAGUAUUUCUCGAAGAUAAUAGGCAUGCUGCGCGGAGAAUCAAAGAGCUAAGCGAACUGGAUAUAUCCCAUGUCAACUGUGGCCUACUGCCUACCAGUCAUGCGUCAUGGAAGGACGCUUGGAAUAUUGCAGGGCGCAGUAAAAGACGGGAAGUGUGGCUUCAUCUGCAUGAGAAUGUAGGAGUGGCAGAUAUUGAGAAACGAAAGGGAGAUAUUGAACAGUAUUUCUUGGGUAUAGCACCCGACGACAACGACAAUGCCAAUAGAACCGCACGCAUAGAGCAUACGGAGCUUGUCAAGACAUUCGCGCCGGGUGUUUGGCACUGCGUGUUUGAUUUACACAUUACAAGGUCUAGUAGCAUAACAUAAGCAUAUUAUACAUGAACUCAUUCCAACACGCGCCAGGUCAUAGAUCGUAAACGCAGUCCGCCAAAAUGC